CCCUGCAUUCCGCCCUAUAAGUGUCUGGCUGUGGUGUCAGCAUUCCUUGACGUUAGGGCUCAGCCCGUAAGCUGAUAUGGUGGGAACUGGCUCAGCCCUAGGGCUGUGGCUAUUAUACGACCGUUUAAUCUAUGAAAUGAAAAUAGCUUUGUCUCAUAAUGCUAACUGGAUUGAGUGUUAUGCGAGUUAUGAGGAUGUCAGAGGGGAUGAGGGUAAAUUGUACGUAGUAUAAAUAUCUAAAAGGGGACUAUCGGCCAAGGUAUCUGCCGUAAAACGAGAAAUUUGCAAGCUUGCAUAAAGUUACUCUAUUUAACAUGAAGCAAUUAUUUUCAAGCCUGCUUUUCGCGACAGCUGCAUGUGCAGCUAAACUCUCCCAGGGCUUGACCCAGACACAAACGAAUGGACUCUCAACAUGGGGCACACUAGACAACCCGCAAUUCCCCGAUUUCCUUCCAUCUCGUGAUGGGCCUACGGAAGACCCUUGGGAGAAUCUCAACAACCAACGUCGGGAUAAUGACCCAUAUCCCGAGGUCCCUUACACGGGGGUAACAAGAUAUUAUGACUUUGAGGUUGCUCGAGAUGUCCUCUCACCGGACGGCUAUGAGAAAAACGGAAUAUUUGUCAAUGGGCAAUUCCCUGGGCCCGCAAUUGAAGCAAAUUGGGGGGAUUGGGUGGAAGUAGCCGUGUAUAAUAACAUCACGGGUCCCGAAGAAGGUACAUCAAUGCAUUGGCACGGUAUCUCCCAAAAGGGAACUCAAUGGGCCGACGGCGUUCCUGGUGUAUCCCAAUGCCCUAUUGCUCCAGGCUCAUCCUUUACCUAUCGAUUCCGCGCAAGCGAAUACGGUACCUCCUGGUGGCAUUCGCACUAUUCCGCUCAAUGGACAGCCGGAGCAUUCGGUCCACUCGUCGUCUACGGGCCAAAACACAUUCCGUAUGAUGUCGAUGUCGGCCCAGUCAUGCUCGGCGACUACCACCACCGCGAUUACUUUGAAGUCGUGGAAGAUGCCGCUAGCAAUAGUACCGAUCUCAACGUCUACGCACCCUGGUCCGACAAUAACUUGAUCAACGGCAAGAAUAAUUACAAUUGUUCCAUUUCCAAGACAAACGCGACCUGUGUUGAUAAUGCAGGACUGGCGCAGUUCCGCUUCCAACCGGGCAAGGUCCAUCGUCUGCGAUUGAUGAAUAUCGGUUCCGCAGCACUGCUCCAUUUUAGCAUUGAUGGGCAUAAGAUGCAAGUGAUUGCACAGGACUUUGUGCCAAUUGUGCCAUAUGAAGCAGACGUUGUUACUUUGGGUGCUGCACAAAGGACGGAUAUUUUGGUGAUGGGAGAUGCUGAUCCCGACCAAACGUACUGGAUCCGGUCCAACAUCUCUACCAAUUGCUCCAAUACGUACACCUCCAUGGCCUGGGCGGUUCUGUCAUACGAGGGAAAUGAUGAUAUUCAGGAGCCAACGACUGACAGUACCGAUGCCGUGAAAGAGGCAGACCGGAAAGACUUUCUGUGUAAGAAUGACGAUCUGAACAAGACAGUCCCGUUCUACCCCCAAGCCCUCAAAGAACCCGACAUCACGACUACAAUCCAAGUCGACCUGUACACAAACGAGACAGGCCACCAUUUGUGGACUAUGAACAACCGAACACAGCGAACGGACUAUAACAAUCCGCUCCUUCUCCUCGCCAACGAAGGCAAUUUCUCCAUUCCAGACCCUGACUGGAACGUCUAUGACUUCGGAACUAGCAAAACGGUUCGCAUCGUACUUAAUACUGUCUAUCAAUCAGCACACCCUAUGCAUCUUCACGGUCACUCUUUUCAAGUGCUUUCCGAAGGCGCUGGUCCCUGGGAUGGCACAAUUGUUAACCCAUAUAAUCCAACCCGUCGUGAUACACAUAUGCAACGCCGCUACGGACACUUGGUGAUUCAGUUCGAGGCCGACAAUCCAGGUGUAUGGUCAUACCACUGCCAUAUUGCUUGGCACGCCAGUAUGGGGUACAACAUUAUGAUUCUGGAGCAGUCGAGAGAGAUUGAGAAUUUGGAGAUCCCGGUUUAUAUGGAGCAGACAUGCAAGGAUUGGGAUCAAUGGUCGAAGCAUAACGUGGUGGAACAAAUUGAUUCGGGUAUUUAGGUUGGCAUGGGAAGUUCGUACGGGGGGAGAUUGACACUGGGUAGUUGCAUAAGUUUGUGAAUAGCGUUUGGAGUUUGUGUUUGGGUUUGAGUUGGGCAGAGAUUAUGAUAUGAGCGUCAAUAGUGAUUUUUUUACAUUACAGGAUCCAAAUCAUUACUCGGACAUACGCUAAAGGACAUAUUCAUUAUUCGAGGAGUCACCAUAAUAGUGGAUACAGAUGUCUUGGGUAAUUUUAAUUAAACCAUUUUAGGGGUUCAUGGUGGCUAUGAAAUGUAUCACUGCGAAUAUGGGAUAUAUACAACCGUUACGAAAAAGCCCUAUUUCGCUCGCAUCGACCCAAAGAAUAACAUAUGACCUUUCC